AUGUUAUUACUCGCUUCUAGAGUUUUCAUUAAUCUAGUCCUAGACAGAAGAACAGAACUGAUACGAAACUUUAGACAGACCGUCAUGAGAGAUAAGCGAGAGCUGAUGGUGAAGUUUGCGAAAAUAGUAGAACGACAUCCAGAAAUCUAUGAUCAAAAUUUAGAAGCGUACAAGACUCGACAAUUAGACGCGUCGUGGGAAAAAGUAGCAUCCAGUGUGAGAAAUGAACUUAAGGAAGAAUGCACAGUUGAGGAGUUGAGAGCCAAAUGGAAGGGCAUAAGAUCUUCCUUUAAUAGAUACAAAAGUAAAUUAAUAAAUCCUUCGGAUGCCAAUCCUUUUAAAAAAUAUUAUUUAUACGAUACUUUAAAAUUUCUAGACCCAUUUACCAAACCAAAAGGAUCAUUACUGAAAGAAAGUAUAUUUGAAGAAUGUGGUAUAUAUGAGGACGAAAGCAAAUCCAAUAGCUCUACAGAAGAUUGGGCUCUUGCAGAAACUAAACCAAAUAUAUCUGAUAAGCGUAUACCUGAUAACCAAAUAAAGUCUGAGCCUUUAGACCAUCAAAGCGUAAACAACAUAAAAACAAGUGAAUAUUCAAACUGUGGAAAUUCAAAGAAAAGGAAAUAUUCUAGCGAAGAUAAAGGCAUAGACGAUGAUAAUGAAGAUUUACAAUUUUUUAAAAGUAUCUUGCCAGAUAUUAGAGAUUUUACAAACAAAGAAAAAAGGAAAUUGAAGAUGGGAAUAUUACGUCUAAUAGAUGAUUUAGAAAAUGAAAGAAAACAGCUGUGA